AUGCUAACCCUCCUGGCCCUGGCCAUCACCCUGGCUGUCCAGGCACAAGCGCUUGACCUGUUGACCCCACCUUCAGUGCUGGGAGAACUUCCUGUCAAAAGACUCCUUCCACUUCCCGGACCAUUCCGCAGAUCUCCACCAACUCCAAAUGGUUCUCCCCCUAUAAGACGUCUAGCUGACACUCCCCCUGUGGUCAAGAACGUCAUGUCUAGCAGCAAACUCUAUGACUAUCUGAACACCACCCUGCCACCACAGAUUGAGAAGAUGCUCAUGUGUGCGGAUGUGGAUCUGGCCGGUGUGCUUGGGACAGUGUUGGACACAGUGUCCAACCUGGACGUGCUGUCUCUGUUAGACCUCUCCUCCUCCCUCAACAUCCUUGGCGACGGUGGCCUUAGUGGUGUCCUGGGCAAGGGGAGCAACAGCAAGUCCUCAAAGUCACCACUGUCUUCGCUCUCAAAAGCCACUGAUGCAGUCAGCAACCUGAUACCCUUGGCCCAAGGGGCCCUGGGCGGCCUACUACCCAACACUGUGGAGAAGGAUCCUGCAAAAAAAGCUGACCAGGACUCUUCUCUUCUCUCAAAUCUCCCCCUGCCCCUGGGUGGUGUGCUCAACAAAGUCGGCGAGCUCAAAGAAUCCACCGAGGGCGUACUGAAGAGUGCGGUGCCAAGUGGCAUCAACGAUGCACUCUCGGGCGUGCUGGGAAAUAUUAACGUGAAAGAUCUCUUGAUAGGAUUAGAGGUUCAAAAAGCAACUGUGGAGAACAUGAUGUUGACCAUGACAGAUGAUGAGAUCCUCGUUCAAGCUGUGACUACUGCCUUCAUAGGUGGAAAAGGCCUGUUAGGACCUGUAAUCAGCAUACUGGGAUUUCAAAUAAAUGGGGAUGUGACUCUGAAAAUUGGUGUUUCCACAAAUGACACCCAAUGUGUCAGCCUCCAAGUCCAGGACAAAGACAUCAAGGCUACAAAAGUGUACCUUCAGUUGGUGAAGACGGUCACAGAUACCUUACCUCUCCCCAUCCCUCUGCCCUUGGAUGAUGUCAUUUCUCAACUGCUGACAGUUGCCAUAAAAGAGAAAAUGAAAGAAUCAACAUCGUGUGACAUUGAUCUCAGUGAUUUCAGCGAAUGCAAGAACUGUGAGUACAAACACCUGUCUUCCCUGGGGCUGCCCAGGUCAAUGCAGGGAGAUGGCCAAGCCCCAUAG